ACUCAACUGGUUUACAAAGCAACAACGUUGAAUUUGAAAUCGUUUGCUGAAUUUCGUGUGGGUGUAAUUUCAGUUGAAAUAUUUCGAUUGUAGGAGAAGCACAACUGCCAAAUAAUUGUAUGGCCGAGUGUAUUUAAAAAUACAAUAAAAUAAAGUGAAAUGUGCGAAAUUUUAGCGAAAUUUCUGAGUGUUUCAUUUUUAUUAUUAAAUUUGUAUGCCGCCAGCGUUAAUAGCCUUUGUUUGGCAACAGAGCCGCCAACUUGUCUAACGAAUUUAGAUGAUGAAGAUGCCAAAGAAAUUCUGGAUUAUGUGUUGAAAAAGUACGAGGAAGUGGAUAUGAAAAUUACCGGCGAGCCAUUGGCCGUUCGCGGUAAGCGUAUCUCCUCUGGUGGCACUGAAGAAUUUCAUAUUGCUUUCCAUUAUGUUGACAAUACGCCCGGCGAUGUAAUACAAAAUUGUGCAUUUGUUGUUGUACAUGCACCAAAUUCAUGCGAGACUAUAAGUACCGUAUGUAAUACCUUUUUACCCGUUACUCCCCGACCACUUUUGAAACUAGAAGAUUUGACUGUGUGUGAUGAUGGUGAGGACCAAGCAAGGCCAAGGGAAGACAUAGAACGUUAGAAGGAUAAGAAUUUAGCAAAAAAAAAAAAACAUUAAAUACUUUAAGUGAAUAUAUAUAUAUAUUUAUAAUGAGCCUUAAUAAAUUAUUCAAAUAAAAAGUAAAA